AUGAUUUUAAAAUCACUCAAAAACAAAAGCCAAUAAUUAUAUAAAGGCUUUUAGAUCAAAUCCCUUCAAACCUAGCUAGCGAAAUCAAAUUUCUCUACUGGGUUUAAAGGAUUUAAUUUAUAGAAAAAGAAACCAUUAAUUGAUGAAAAAGUAAACAAGUAGCAUUACGAUGUAGCUAUAAUCGGUGGAGGUUCAGGUGGUUUAGCUUUUGCCUUUGAAGCUUAAAAAUUAGGUAUGAAAGCAGUUGUAUUCGACUUUGUUGAAGAAUCUACUUAAGGUAACUCUUGGGGAUUAGGUGGUACAUGCGUUAAUGUAGGGUGUAUUCCUAAAAAGCUUAUGCAUACAGCAGCUUUAUACAAAGAAGUUAUUUUAAACUCUUCUGGAUAUGGCUUUGAUUUAGAAGGAAAAAAUUUAGAGGAAAAAUAUAAAUAAGAAUACUUAGUUUGGCAACAUUUGGUGAAUAAUGUUUAAUCAUAUAUUAAAAGCAUUAAUUUUGGAUAUAAGAAAUCUUUAGGCGAGCUGAAUAUUGAUUAUGUUAAUGCAUUUGCAUCUUUUUAUGAUAAAAAUACCUUAGUUUUUUCUCCUAAGGUUGACGCAAUAAGCGGAUUUUUGAAAGAUAAUGAAUCUUAUAAAGCUAAUACCGAAUAGUUAGGAUAUGUCACUGCCGAUAAGAUUGUAGUAGCAGUAGGCGGCAGACCUUAGCUUUUAUCAGAUAGUUAAUGUUAAAAUUCAAAUAAAUAUGCUAUAACUAGUGAUGAUAUAUUCAUGCAAAAGAAACCUCCUGGCAAAACCCUUGUCAUUGGUGGUGGAUAUAUUGCUCUUGAAUGUUCUGGAUUUCUUUCUACUCUUGGAUACGAUACUACAAUGAUGACUAGAUCUUUGUAUUUAAGAGAAUUCGAUUAAGACAUAGCUAAAAUGAUUCUUGAGAAUAUUUAAACACAUUCUAAAGUAAAAGUAGUUCCUACUUCUUUGCCAGUUAGUUUGGAGAAAGUAGAUGAAGAUACUUUAAAAGUUAAGAUUCAGAACUAAGAAGAUAAAUCUAAAAUUUACGAAGACACUUUUAACACAGUUUUAAUGGCAAUUGGAAGAAAGCCCAAUACAUAGAAAUUAAAUUUAGAAAAGGUUGGAGUUUAACUCAAUUAAAAAAAUAAAAAGAUAUAAGGUAGGUUUAAUGAUGAACUAGAAUAAACUAGUGUGGAAGGAAUCUAUGCUCUUGGUGAUGUCCUUGAUGGAGUUCCUGAGUUAACACCUGUUGCCUAAAAGUAAGGUUAACUAUUAGCAAGAAGAAUUUAGCAUAAAAAAGAAAAUAAAGAACCAAACACAGUUUUUAUCUAAAAAAAUUCUAUGGACUACAACGAUUUCCCCACAACAGUAUUUACUCCUGUUGAAUAUUCAUGUGCUGGCUAUUCUGAAAAAUAGGCUGUAGAAAAGUUUGGUGAAGAAAAUAUCGAAGUUUAUCACUCAAAGUUUACUCCUUUAGAAGAGCAGCUUUCACCGAGAGUUGAUGAAAACUUUGAUACAAUUUACAGGAAAGCUUAUGCUAAAGUAAUAUGCAAUAAGCUUGAUAAUGAAAGAGUAGUUGGAAUACAUUAUCUUGGACCUAAUGCAGGAGAAGUAAUGCAAGGCUACGGAGUUGCUAUGAAAUUAGGGAUGACUAAAGCUGAUCUAGAUAGAACAGUAGGAAUACAUCCUACCACUGCUGAAGAAUUCACAAAUCUUAGUAUAACUAAAGCAUCUGGAGAAGAUUGUGAAAAGACAUCUUGCUGAGCUUGA